CAUGAUAGAAUUAUAAAAGGUAGUCUCGUCGGCAAAAACAUAACAAUGAGGGCGAGGGGAGAACGAAAUGCACGUCAGUUUGUAUAAUUUAUAUCGUGCAACAGACGACGACGACGACGACCGCUCGCUCCCGCCCAUCGAUCCGGCGACUAGGAGCGAGGAAAAGGCGUGGAAAAUCAACGCGGCGCCGCCAUUGAGAAAGAAAGCGUGUGCUCCCAAACAAAAAAGGGGGAGAGGAGAAGAACAAGCGACACACACACAGAAGUAGAGAGUGAGAGAGAAAGAGAGGGAGAAAAACCGAUUCGAGGUCGCCGGAUGCAAAGAUGUCGCACUCAGGAGGAGCAGCAGCAGCAGCACCAGAAGCCGCAACUGGCGGAGGUGCAUCAUCUGACCUGGACGUAGAUGACACGGCGAUGCAGCCGCCGCCACCAGAGGCACUGCAGGACGGGGACACAAGCAACAGCCUGGAACCGGGCGAGGUGGUGACCCCGCCGCACAACCAUCUCCCAUCCAGUCCUGCUUUUAAGAAGCAAAUGCCGCUGAGCAAAACCCUGCGCAAGACGCUAAACAGUCACAGCCACAUCCAGGAUACCGAUGGUUGCGAGGAGCAGGUGCGAGCCCUGUAUGAGAUGUCUCGAAAAGAGAAUGGAGCGGAGGAAGCGCCCAUGGACGAGGCCGAUGACAGUGAGGGUCUCUACUCGGACACGGACUCUUCGGUGGAAGAUUUCAAGAGCGUGGAGGAUGUGCAGCAAGCGAGGAAAGAGAAGCAAGCGGAGGCGGCGGCUGCCGCAGCUUUGCCACAAGCGCCGCCCACGCCGUUUCUUGGCCUGAGCCCCCUGAGAUUCCAUAUGCGACCUCCGCCAUCCUGUUUCGACUUCCCGCGCAUGGGCUUUAUGCCCCGAAUGGGCAGGGGAGGACCGCGAGGCAUGCGACCACCAUUCUUUGGUCGCCCACCAGUACAGAAUCGCAUGGGAUCAUCAGCCAUGAUGGGUGGACAAUCGACGGUGGGGCCGGGCACAGCUCCAGGUGGAGCAGGAAGUCAAGGUAACAAUCCUGGACGCCAUAAGCGGCCCCAAUCAGAUCUAAGCUGGACAACGUCGCAACCCGCUGUGUCCUUUACCUUCAAUCUGAUUCCCGAGUGCUCCAGUGCCAAGCAUAAGGAAUGCAGACAAAAAGCGGAGAGUACAACUUCUGCCAAAUCAAAAGAUCAACCCGCCAGCGAAGAGAAGAAUGCUACAGAACAAUCGGAUCCUUUGAGGGAAAAGACCAGGGAAGAAUCGCACCAGAAUAUAUCAGCCAGGGAUAAGAGCAUGGACAGAUCAAAGGAGAGAGAUGAAAACAGAGGAAAGACAAGGGAGAAAUCCCAGCCACGGGAUUUAAAGAGAGGUUCUCCUGAACGACCUAGGGAGAAAUCAAAGGACAGAGAUUUAAACAGAGGCAAGACAAGAGAAAGAUCAAAGGAGAAGGAGUUUAACAGAGGAAAGAUAAGAGAAACAUCUCCACAUAAGAAACCCAGAGGAAAAUCGCGGGAAAGAGAUUCAAGCAAAGGGAGAACUCGAGAACGAUCCAGGCCAAGAGAUCAAGAUCGAGGGAAAACAAGGGAGAACAGCAGGGAGCGUGAUCAAACAAGAGCGAAACCCGUCUCUGAGAAGACUCGAGAGAAAGAGAGAAAAAUAUCCCAGGAGAGAACUAAAAAGAGGGGAACAACUCGAGAACGUUCGAGGGAGAAAGAUCGCACUAGGAUGGAGACUACGGAUCGGUGCAGAUCUAACGAAAAGCUUAUUGACAAAUUCCUGGAUCGCAAAGAGAGGCACAGGGAUAUAUCUAAAGAGACAGGAAAUGAGAAGCCAAGGGAUAAAUCCACAGAAACUCUUGACAAGUUGGAUAAAAUUAUGGAUAAAUCCAAGGAAAAGCGGCAUGAACAAUCUAGAGAACAUCGCAGCGAAAAGUCCAACGAAAAUCCCCGCGAACGAUCCCGAAGAAAUUCCAGGGAGAGAAUCCACGAUAAAUCCCCAGAAAGAGUUCAACAGGAGCAGAAAGAUAAUUUUAGGGACAAAAAAGAAAGCACUAUAGAACCCCCAAAGGACAGGCUCUCACAGAAAUUUGCCGAUCGAAGACGCGAACGUUCCCGAGACAAGGAGAGAGAGCGUUCUAGGGACAGGUACUCAAAGGAAAAAUUCCAAGAACAUUUGAAGGAGAAGCCUAGGCAUACCAAGCAUGAUAAGUCAAGGGAUCACUCAAGGGAGAAGGAAAGCCGGUCCAGAAGAGCACCCACUCCUCACGAUUCUUUUGGAGAUGCGAGUCACAGAAGGAGUGAGGCUAGUUCCGCUUGGGCAGGCAAGGAGGGUACACCUCCAAUGACGCCACCGCAUCAGCGGGCUCAGACUCCGCCAGCCAGUGACACUCCCAAGACCAAGGUCUACGAUAUUUUCGCAGACUCACCGCCAAGACAACAGAACACUGCCGUUGCAGCUGCCACAGCUGUGAUAAACGAAAGAAGCACCACGCCACCAUUGAAGGUGGCACCAGUGGCUACACCUAUUGCUCCAAUACCUGCCAGACCCGCCAAGUUGACGCCACUGCUCAAGGCCAGUGAGAUUCACAGCAGGAUUGGAGCCCUGCUCGAGGAUGAUGAUAAUGAUUUGCACUUGGAGGCUCUGCUGGCCACCAAGGAGCGGCUAUUCCGUCGCACCAACGAGUACAAGGAGCGGAAAGAGGCACCCAAGGAGAUUAAGGCGGAAAAACAAGUGGAGCAGCGACGAUACGUGAAUCCCUUUAACCGCGAAUCAGUAUUAAGCAGCGGGAGGAAAUCCUACUCGUACCAAAGGAACGGCAGUCGUUGCUCCAGCGAAAGCGAAGAAAACUGGGACAAAGAUGAGGAAUCAUUGCCGAGUCGGAGAGGCGAUAUCAGCAUUAAGAUUGAAAAGGAUCUAACACCACCACCGCCGCAAAGAACGUUUGGUGUAACCCGCAUUAAGGUUGAACGCAAUGCAACACCGCCAAGGAUAUCAUCGGAUCGGAAUCGGGAUCGGGAUAGGGAGGUGUUGGUGAGGAAUGGAGCAGUGGCAGCCAAUGCCCCACCGCCGGCGACCAAUGAGCAGGAAAGCCCAGAUACAGAUGACUAUAUCGAUAACUGGGAGAAUGAUGAUUCAAUAUCCAGCAUGCCAAAGAAUGCUGCUCCUGCCACACCAACUGUUCCUGCUCCUGCUACAGCUCCCAAUCAUAAUGCUCCAAUAAACAUCACACCACUUCCACCGCCUGCUGCCCAAUUCAAUGAUGACGACGAUGAGUACGAAGACGAUUCGAAUGCCCUGUGGAAUGCUAAUAGCACACCACCACCCCGGGCCAAGGCGACCAAUCUGCCAAUGAGCAAUAUUCAUGAGUUGUACGAUAAGUUUAUGAACAGCAUUGACAUGGGCAGCGCAGAGAUGGGAGAAGAUACCUCGAAAAACAGUUCCUUGAGCAAUUCCACUGCCGAAGACAGUUCCUCGGGCUCCGAUUCUGGUUCAUCAACCAGCAGCAGUAGCAGCGACUCUGAUUCCAGUUCGGAGGAGGAAGAGGAUGGCAAUGAAAACACUUCGGGUGAUGAGUCCCCUUCAGCAACAGGCGCUUCCAAGUCCAAUUCAGAAGAUCAGCCUGGCAAAGAACAUCAGCAAAAGAAGAAUAAUGUCAGCAAAGACUUGCGGAAACUCAAAAGUCUUGAGGAUAAUCUGUCCAGGAUUCAAAUGAUGCGCGAGAACUACGAUGCUGGCGAUGAGAUCUCCGAGGAGCUGCUCAAAAUGGAAUCCUUGUUUCUCAUGCAACGCAAUGCCAUCAUGGACAAGUACCGAAAGCAGGAGCUCAAGAGCAACUCCAGUGAAGAUCACCAACAGCAGCAGCAGCAGCAAAUGGAAGCUCCACAAAUGGAACCACAAGUUAAACAAGGCUCUCCUGCUCCUGUAAAUAGUAUCUUUGAUGCCAAUCGAGGGGCCAUCAAGAUGACCAUUUCGCGGCUAAAACUGACGAGUAAAUCUGCGAUUUUCGACAAGGAUGAAACGGACCAGCAGCCAGCUCCAAACAAAUUGUCGGUAGAGACACAUAAACCAACACUAACGCUGCCUUUGCCAUCACAAAAGCCGCCAAAGGAGGUGGCCAUUGUGAAGCCCACAAUUGUGGAAUCCCGAACGAAGCCCAGGGUUUUGAGGAGUCCGCCACCGCCGGGUAAUCGUCGCAGAUCUCGUUCCCGUUCCAUCUCCCGAAAUAAAUCCAAGCGUCGAAGUCUGAGGACAAACUCUCGUUCACCGAGUCCAAAGCGCUGGCGUCCUCCAUCACCCAGAAGAGGUUCGAGAUUUGGCAAGAGGAACAGCGGAGGAUCAGCAGCAGGAACCAAAAUGGGUAGAAGCCACAGUCGGAGUCUGACACGAAGUAGAACGCGCAGCAGAAGUCCAAAUCGUCGAAGACGUCCACCUUCAUCUGCGGGUAGCCGAAGACGUGGAUCCCUUUCUCCUGGACCAAUGAAAAUUGGCGGGCCCCGUUCACCACCUCAUCCGCGCCUCCGACGAUCUCUGACCCGGGAAAGAGAACGAGAACGGGAGAGGGAUCGACGCUCACGCUCACCACUGCCAUUUAAGCCACCCUCACCACCCAUGCGACGCAGUUGGUCACAUUCCCGCUCACCAACCCGAAGGAGAACCCGCUCCCGAUCUAGAUCGCCACGAUUCCGAUCGCCCAGAGAUGGAGGCCAAAGCUUUGCCGACUAUUUCGGAGAGAAUCAAAACAUGGAAGCGGCUGCCUACUACUACAACAUGUCGCUGAUGCAACAGGAGUAUCAGGAUCCCACGGGAACGGGAUACGAUACAUAUGCCGCGUACAUGGAUUCCGCAUACAAUAUGGAGCAGGCCUAUGCCCAGUUUACGGAGGGUUAUGCGCAAAUGUAUGGUGAUUAUCCGGGUGAAAUGGACAGUAGCAUCUCUCCUCAGCUUAUGGGAUCAUCGGUGCUCAGGGAACUGCCGAUGGCUCCUGUUAUACCGGUGGCUGUGCAAAAGGGCAAUGUGUUGGAGAUUGUACCCACAGGCGAGGAUAUGGUGGUGCAGAAUGUAAGCCACAUGCCAAUGGCAGCGGAGGAACCAAUGGAGGAUGAAAGCAAACCCAAGCGAAAGCGUGUAAACUUUGUGGAUAAUGUGCUGCCGAACUAUGAGAGUGACAGCGAGGAUCGGGCGAUUGUAACGAUGGCGGUGGAACGUGCUCUAUGCCAACAUCAAGAACGUCGCUCUCGUGCCGCCGCCAGACUCCAACAGAUUCGCGAUGAGCUGCUCGCAUUACCACCACCACCUCCGCCUCUUGCACCGAAACCCGCCAAUCUGGAGAAGCCCGUGUUGGUCCAAAAGAAACCCAAAUUCCGCUUCUUCCACUUUGAUCCCUUCAAGGGAGCCAUUGUGAAAACUCAUUCACGGAUACUGCGACCCAACAUCCGCCCUCCAUUCGAUCCCAAGCACUUUGCCAUGCUGAUAAAGACGGGACGAUUGCCCCCAUUCCCUCCGAGCUUCAUGCGGCAUCGUCCGCCAAAUAUUCCACCCCAUGUGGAUCCUGCCACCAAGGCGGCAAUGUUUAAGGAGUUCUUUAGCAAACAUCCCCCGCCACCGAUACAGAUGCCCAUGACCAUGCCCGAUGGGAUGCCCUAUUACCUGAGUGGACCACCGCCAAUGCCAGCUGGAGCGGCACUGUCACCAGUGCCGCAACCCAUUCCGGUGCUCGGUAGUCAUGGCUAUCAGGGCUAUGCCCAUCCAUCGCCAGUUCCGGUACCUGUUCCUGUGCCUCCUGUAGCUGUGCCACCGCUUGCAGUAUCAGUUCCUGCACCAGCUGCCUCAACGCCGCCACCGGCGAGGAUAGCUCCCUUCUUUACACCGCCACCGUUGCCUGAGUUGCUACCAAUAUUACCCGACCUGCCCACUAAGUUUACGGUGAAAUCUGUGCCCACAAUCACAGAGAUAAUGCCAGUGGAUAUACUGCAGCAAUUGGGACCAUUACCGAAGACCUUGGAUGUGGAUGACGGUGGAGGGAUGGGGAGUCCAGAGCUAGAUAGCAACGAUCUCAAGGAGAUCGAUGCUGAAGCCGAGCUUGAGGCAGGAAAUAACAUUGGGGAACAACAGUCAGGGAUAGGGGAGGCCAAGACCCAGCUGCUUAUGGAGACCCAGUAAAAGUCCCUUCUUUAGUUGGAUUUUUUUUAUAGGCAAUUAAUUUUAUAAUAGAUAAUUUUCAUUAUAAACACUCCAAUUGAUUCACAUUGAUUACGUAUACCUUUUGAAUAUUUUUUUCAAAUUUAAUUAGUUUCCAUUAUUUGACAAACUUUGUGAACAAAUCGCAUUUACAAAUAUAGAAAUCGUUUUAGGUUUUAUACGCUCUAGGCUUAUAUGUCAUUUACACAUUAUAAUGUUCGACUUGAUUUCUACAAGAAAAUAAAAAUGUAAAUAGUUCGCGUUUUGGCUUAAGAAAUAUACAUGAAUUAGCAUAAA